GUGACCACCGGCCGGCUCACAGUUACACUGCAGAGGAUGGCCCGAAUGCAACUCAUCUUGGUCUUUGCUUUCGCUGCACUUCUGGGCGCAGCACUGGCCCAGCCGUAUGAAAAUCGGGAGCAGCCCAUAGCCCUGGAGGAUGUGGCCAAUGCGGGUGGCCAGCAUGCAGAGGAGGGAGCUCGUCCAGCCCGUUGGCUAUGGGGCGGCUGGGGCGGAGGAUGGAACGGAGACUGGGGCGGCGGUUGGCGUGUUUCGUAUCGCCCCUGGGGCUAUGGCUAUCGCAGCUACUGGUGGUAGCCACUGAGCAGCCUUCACCAAAACGACAAAUAAAGCCAUUCCCAACAACA